AUGUUGGAGCGGGACAAGGAGAACCGGCACCGCAAGCGCUCGCACAGCCGCUCGCGCAGCCGCGACCGCAAACGGCGCAGCCGCUCCCGGGAGCGCCGCAACCGCGACCAGCGCAGCGUGUCCCGCGACCGCCGCCGCCGCCGGUCACCCCUGAGCCUCUCGGGCCCCCUGAGCCGCUCCCCCCGGCACGAGAAGAAGAAGAAAAUUCGGAAAUAUUGGGACGUGCCCCCCCCCGGCUUCGAGCACAUCACCCCCAUGCAGUACAAGGCCAUGCAGGUUCGGUUCCCCCGACCCCAAAUUUUGGUUUUUUUGCCCCAGUUCCGCUCGGUGGACGAGACGACGCAGGCCAUGGCCUUCGACGGGAUCAUCUUCCAGGGGCAGUCGCUGAAGAUCCGGCGGCCCCACGACUACCAACCCCUGCCCGGGAUGUCCGAAAACCCCUCGGUCUACGUGCCCGGUGUGGUCUCCACGGUGGUUCCGGACUCCGCCCACAAACUCUUCAUUGGGGGCCUCCCCAAUUACCUGAACGACGACCAGGUGAAGGAGCUGCUGACGUCCUUCGGGCCCCUCAAGGCCUUUAACCUGGUCAAGGACAGCGCCACGGGGCUGAGCAAGGGCUACGCCUUCUGCGAGUACGUGGACAUCAACGUCACCGACCAGGCCAUCGCGGGGCUCAACGGGAUGCAGCUCGGGGACAAGAAGCUGCUGGUGCAGCGGGCGAGCGUCGGGGCCAAGAACGCCACCCUGAGCACCAUCAACCAGACGCCGGUGACGCUGCAGGUGCCGGGGCUGAUGAGCUCGCAGGUGCAGAUGGGCGGGCACCCCACCGAGGUGCUGUGCCUGCUCAACAUGGUGCUGCCCGAGGAGCUGCUGGACGACGACGAGUACGAGGAGAUCGUCGAGGACGUGCGCGACGAGUGCGGCAAGUACGGCACCGUCAAAUCCAUCGAGAUCCCGCGGCCCGUCGACGGCGUCGAGGUGCCGGGCUGUGGGAAGGUGAGAAACGGGGUUACCUGUGUGCCAGGUGUGCCGGGNCUGACCGGCCGCAAGUUCGCCAACCGCGUGGUGGUCACCAAAUUCUGCGACCCCGACUCCUACCACCGCCGCGACUUCUGGUAGCCCCGCCCCGUUUUUGUCCCAAAAUCCCCGAAUUUCGCCCCAAAAAAUUCCCACAUUUCGCCC